AUGCCAACGAGUCGCCAGAAGCGGGAGCAGCAUGCCACCCGCAAUGACGCCGCCCGUGGUCAGCAGGUAGUGAAUCGCCUGGUGCGCGUCGUCGAGCGCGAGCAGCGCUUGGCGAACCCGCGCACCGGACACGGUCGCGGUCACGGCGAGGGCGAGGGGAGCGGUCCUAGCUAUGCCAACUUCAAUUCGCAACCGCAGGCUGGAUGGAAGAAGGAGUGGAAGGCGGCACAUGUACCACGUGCACCGCAUCCACGGUUGGCCGUGGAUUCCUUAGGGCCUGAUUUGGCGUGGACGGAUGAUCAGAGUUGGCUCCAGGGAUCAAAGAAGUGCUUUGAGUUGAGCAAAGGGGCCGUGGCGGCUGCCAAAGCGGCUGGAUAUGCAGGUCCUGCCCCAUCAAGCACAUCUACCGUGGCAAGGCCUUCCAACAUUUUGCCUCCUCUCCCAAGUCUGCCCCAGCAGGUGUCGAGAACUUCAUUCGAGACAUACUUGGCCGAGGUGUACGAGGCACUGCUCCGCGCGUUGGACGCGCGAGUGGAGCCCGACAAGACGGAAGUGCAUCGCUACACGGAGGAGCUCGCCCAAGCGGUGCGCGCUCUCACGAAGCCGGCGCCGGCUUCGACCAAAGCGACGAUCUGCGAAGCCAUGGCGCCCGUCUGGGAUCUGCGCUCGAACUGUGCCGCUCAAACGAGCGCUUUGGACCUGAGGACCUUGGCUACUGCAGUGGAAGCGUUGAAAAGGUCUGGUUCCAAGGAGGUGAUCCAGGAAGCCAGCAACAUCGAGACCUCAUAG